UAUCAGGUACUGAAAUGCUCUGAACAGCAUCAAAAGAGGUUCCUGGAUACGUAAAUGAAAGCUUGUGGAAGUCUUAUACAAAACUAAAACGUACAUUUGUAGAUUUGUAGCUGUGAUACGUGAGUACUGUGCUAACUACUGGAGAUAAAGCUGCAAAAGUAGAAGAUAGUUCUGGUACUGAUUCCAACAGAAGUGGGGGGAAAAAAAGGAAUCUAAUAGGGAAGAUAUGAGUGGCUGGAGUGUUUGAUUCUAUAUAUAACUAGUUGAUGUCAGCUGGAUGCCAAUCCCUUUGAAGAGGAUCAGCCCCCAGUUUGUCUCAGUACUAGGUACCAUGCAGAUCCAAGCACAAGGGUAGAAACCAUCCUGGACCAGGCAGGUCACCCCCAUUCACAACUCCUGAAGUUUCAACUAAAGAGUUGAGAUCACUUUUUUUCUGCACAACGAAACAGUACGCAAGGAAAAAUCACAUCAGAAAAUCACAAUGUUAUCACAUUCUGCCAUGGUCAAAGAGAGGAAACAACAAGCAUCAGCCAUUAUGGAUGAAAUACAGAGAAAUGUCUCACCCAGCUUAAACCUUGGAAAAAAGGUCAGUACCCCAAGAGACAUCAUGGUGGAGGAACUAUCAACACUCAGCAAUAGAGGCGCGAGGCUCUUCAAGAGACGUCAGCGGAGAUCUGACAAAUACACAUAUGAAAAUUAUCAUUAUGUUGCAAACAAGCCAAGAAAUCGUGGAGAGCCCAUACACAGUGUUAAAAUGGAUGGCCUCAGUGUUGAAGGAAUUCCCCAGCACGCUCCAAUGACGCCCCCUAAUACACCUGAUCCCCGGAGCCCACCACAUCCUGACAACAUUGCCCCAGGAUAUUCUGGACCACUAAAAGAAAUUCCUCCUGAAAAGUUUAACACUACUUCUGUGCCAAAGUAUUAUCAGUCUCCUUGGAUAGAAGCCAUUAGGGAUGAUCCUGAGCUGCUGGAGGCCUUAUAUCCUAAACUUUUCAAACCUGAAGCAAAGCCGGAACUGCCGGACUACAGGAGCUUCAACAGAGUUGCCACUCCCUUUGGUGGUUUUGAGAGAGCAUCAAAGCUGGUUAAAUUCAAGGUGCCAGAUUAUAAUCUACUGAUGUUAAAUGAUCCAAGAUUCAUGAUUCUUGCAAAUCCUCUUGCUACCAGAAGAUCCUUCAAUAGGACUCCUAAAGGAUGGACAUCUGAGAAUAUUCCAGUAGUGUUCAUUCAACCUUCAGAUUCCAACGAUGUUCCAGAAACAGAGGACCUGUGAGAGAAGCUGCACUCUAUAUUGUACAAAGUUUGGAAAGCUGCACAUUCAUGAAUUAUUGGUCCAAAUGUUACUAAAGGCUACUGAGAAAACCUUUCCUUGGCAGCUGGCACAUAAUGUCUGAUGUGUCAUCUCUUUUCUGGAAUCUAUUUUUCAUCUGUUGACACAACAUAAAUAAAGCAAUUUGGCAAGUAUUGGCUGA